AUGUAUUCUCAAAGCAGAAACUUUCACAACCACAAUACACACUUCAAUGAGUGCAUGUUCUUUAACCCGGAUACGCCUCAGCAGAUUUGCCCAAGAGUGUGGUUGGGACCAUAUAACGCGUUGUUGAAUAAAACAGAUAAUUAUGGUGCCAACUUCUUAGUUGAACACAACAUCAAGAUAAUCAUCAAUUGCGGGACAACAUUACCAUUUCUUGACUUGAUUGAAAAUAACAGAGAUGUGACAAUAUCGUCUGAUGUAUUAAUUUUGAGUUUGGAUCCAUAUUUUCAGAGUCAUGAUGAGCUUGCUGUUAACUUUACCCGCAAGUAUUGUCGGAUAUUAACAAACUAUUUGAACUACUUUUAUAAAAGUAAUCCAAAUGCUGCCAAAUUGAUUCAUCAAUUACCAAACUCAACAGACCGAAUCCAGAUAUCUUCACCUAUAUUGUGUGGCACAAACUUGAUGUUGCAAUUGUUCAGUCUAAUUAGGUUUAUUGAUCUAUUUAAGCUGAUUGAUCAAGAGAUGGAAGUUAUGAUAAUAUCGCAAGAUGGCAAUGAUAAUUUACUGACUGGUCUCAUGAUUGCGUACAUGAUGGAUACUUAUCGCUAUAAUUUAUUGAACUCAUUCAACAUGAUUAAAAGUAGAAGACCGUCGAUUUACGAUUGGUCAAACGCUGAGUAUGAUGCUAUACUAAAACAACUUUUUGUUCAAAUUUGUGAAAUGAAUUGCCCAACUUCAGUAGAAACAGUAAAGAGGUCAUCGCAGGAAGAUGACAAUGAAGUGUUGGCCGGUGGUGAUAGAAAGAGAAGAUUUCUAAAUUAG